AUGCCAAAAGUUAAAACUACCGAAUCAAGUAGAAGGCAUGGAUUUAUUUCAUUUAAAGAAAGAAUUGAUUCAAUAAAAAUAGAACCAAGUAGGAAAUUAAAUAAAAGAGUUUAUGAUGAUGUUGAAUCUUCACAUGUAUUAUCAACACUAGAACAUUGGCAAGAAUUGAAUUUAUCCGGAGAUUUCACAAAUUUAGUAGAUAAGAUAAUAGAUUAUUGUCAAUCAUUACCACAAGUUAUUCAUCAUAAAGAUACCAUAUAUGAAGCAAUAUAUGAGGCCAUAAAAGCAAAUGAUAUACAUUCACUACAACCAUCAUUAGAAAUCCUAAGUCAAUUUAUUCAUGAUUUGGGACCAGAUUUUUUACCAUAUUAUACCAGGACAUUAAAACUAAUAAGUGAAAUAGUUUUAACUAUAAAUCCAAAUGAUUUACAAAACAAUAGAAAUUCAUCAAAUGCCUUGGAUUGGGCGUUUAGUACUUUAGCAUUUACUUUCAAAUAUCUAGUUAAAUAUUUAACAGAAGAUUUAAUACCGACAUUUUUAGAAUUAUUACCAUUAUUAAAUAUAUCAAACAGAUUAUAUAUUUCGAGAUUUUGUGCUGAGUCAUUAUCAUUUUUAGUUCGAAAACUGAACCCUGAAGUUAUAAAAAAAUUCAUCAACUGUGCAUUACAUGAUCAAUUAGAUGAAGUUAUGAAUAAUGAAACUUAUUUAGAAGCUUUAAAAAUUUUACUUAGCGAAUCUAUGAAAAAUACAAAAGGUACAUUCCAUACAAAAUCUAGGUUAAUAUUUACAAUCAUUUUGGACUUUGUGAUAAACAAAAUCAAUAAAGAAGCUCAACCAAAAAUUGUGAGUCUACUUUCAGAUAUACUAUUGGAUGUUUUACAUCAUGGAGAAGCAGAAGCUUGUGAAACUUUUUACAAUUUAAUAAUAGAAGAAUUGAAUAAGUUGAUACUACAAAACUCAGAUGAUUUAGUAUUACUAAUGAGUUGCCAGAUAAUCUCAACCCUAGGUUUUGCAGACUCUGGUAGAAAAGUACAAGAUUGGAGCAACUUUUUAACUCUAAUUGAAACAAUUAUGGAUAUAGUGAAAACAAAAACAAAUAUAAGCCAAGAACUCGGAGAAUCAAUUGUUUACUUACUACUGAUUGUAUUUAGAAACGUUAAUAUGCAAUCACUUAUGAAAUAUCAAAAACGUUAUAUUGAAAAUAUAAAGUACAUAAAUCAUGGAAUUAAUUUCCUACCAUUUGCAUUUUCGGGACUCAAUAACAAAUACUCAAAGCUAUCAGAAUUUGGAAUAAAUCAAUACACCCAAGACUUUAUCAACAGAAUAAACAAUGACGACGAGAUAUUAAAAAGAGAAGCUUAUUUCUUCGAAGUAUUAAAGGACUCAACAUUCUUAGUGCCUGACUCAGUAGCUUCAAAAUUGGCCGCUAGCCUCAAUGAAGAUAUAGAACAACAGAACUUUUUUAACGUAUACUGGAAAUUAAUAUUGAUAAGACAUUCAAAUUACAAAGAAGUUGAUGAUAAGGUAUUAUCCAAACUUUUAUUUGCCUCACCCGACUCAAUUAUUGGGAAUGAGUUAGUUUGUUUUGCCAUGUACUUGUUAGUUCCAACUUUAAAUGCGUCAUCAAGCAUCAUAGAAGAUUUAACAAUCUUUUUGAAAACUAAUUUUAAUAGAUUCAUAUUUUCAAAUAGUUUCCUUCCUGCAUUAUCACAAUUUAUUAGUUUAAUCAAUAAUCCAAGUCAAUUUUUAGACGAGGCAUUAGAUUGUCUAUUAUUACCAAGUCACCAAUCUAGAUCUGAUGCCAUGAAGUUGAUAGAAUUGAUACUCAAAUUAACCAAUGAACCAAUAUCGGAGACUCUUCAGCAAAUUAAAAUCAUCGAACAAAUUCCAUUAUCUUUACAUACAGGUAGAGACAUCAAUUUAAGAAUAAGAAAUUUAGCAAAUAGUUUUCUGGCAGAAAUAAACCCAUCAAAAUUUGAUAGAGUAUUAAUAUCAAACUACUUAUUUGGUUUGUUAUCCAACAAAUUUCAACCUAUAUGGAAGGCCGUUAAUGAAGCAUUACCAAUUAUCGUUGGCUCUUGUAAAGCAGAACUAUGGAAUAAUGCUUAUAAACUUUUGACGAUGAAUUAUAAUGAUGAGGAAGAGACUACAUUAUUUGUAGAUGAAACCUUUUCAAAUUUAAUAGAUUGGCAACCAAGAAACUCCAAGUUAUUACAGAAUUUUGAGUACUUUGAAAACAAUUAUUUAAGUCCAUUUAGAAACAUUAAUUCUUCAAUUUCAAAUUUAUGUCAAAAUUCCAUUAAAGGUAAUUCUUUUGAAGUUAUGUUGCGUUCUAACGUUUUAAAUGCUUUAAUCGCUGCACCAAAUAUUGCUAAUCAAGCCGAAAUAAUCGAUUUAUUUCUCGGGUCUGGUGAAAAGAAGGGAAUUUUUCAAACAUGGUCAAAGAAUGAUAAAAACGAUAUGCUUGUAUUACUUUCAAAAUUAAAAGGAUUGAAAAAAACUAAAGAUGGUCAACAAUUAUUCACAAAUAUGUUAUCUUUAUUAUCGAGCUCAUAUACUAAAGUUCAACAAUUAGCUUUAGACGUCAUAUUUGCAUUCCAUGACCCAAUAAUUAACAAAUAUAGAGAUAAUUUGAAAAAUUUGUUAGAUGACGUAACUUUCAGUGAUGAGAUAUCAAAAUUUACAGAUUCAAAUAAUCCAAUUGAAACUGAAGAUAAGUCCAAGCUCAUGACAUUGAUUAUCAGGAUUUUAUUUGGAAAAAUACAAGGUAAGCCAUCAAGCAAGAGUAAAACAGGUUAUAGAAACGCUGCAUUAUCAAGUUUGCAGAAUUUUAGUGAAGAUGAUAUAAUAUCAUUUUUAAAUAUUGGUUCUGAGAAAUUGAAUUAUAAAGACUUUUUUGAAAGGAAAAUUCCAAUCGUAAGUUUAGGUUUGACAAAGGGUGAAUUAAAUAAAAUAACUGGUUACAUGCAUUUGCUUCAGCAACUUUAUGAAUUAUUGAAUAAAAAUUAUGCACCGGUGUUGAGAGUUACUAUUGAACCAUUGAUCUUCUCAUUAUUAUCUGCUCAAAAUAGAAUCGAUUGCUCAAUGGAUGUUGAUAAUGAUGAAGAAGAAGUUAUAACUCAAAAAAUGGCAAAAAGUAUAAGACUGAGUGGUAUGAGGAAUUUAAAAGAAUUAUUUACUAUUCUUGGCCCAACUUUUGAUUGGAAAGAUUAUGUUCAAGUUAUGAGUGAUAAUUUGAUUUCACCAAGAUUGGAAAAUUUCGCAAAUGAAAAUUUACAACAACCUUCAGCUGUUUUAACAUUGAUGUGCUCAUGGAUGAAUCAAUCAAAUACAAUGCCCUUUUUAUUUGCCAACGAUUUUGAUUCAGUGAAGGCUAUUUUAUCAAUAAUGGACAGAAGAGAGGCAAAAGAAACUGUUAUAUUAGAAGUUUUGAAUUUUGCUAUUGCUGCUUUUGAAAAGAAAAAUGAAUCAAAUGACAAUUACUUUACAUUAUUAGCUAUAGUUGUGGAUUCUUUGUUACAAACUUUACCAAAUACUAUUGAUCGUAUAUAUAGUCAUGACGUCGGUUCAAAAGCUAUCAAGUUGUUAUUGUUGAUGAUUGAAGGUGAAUAUAUUGAUAAUAAUGAAUCAAAACUGAUUUUAAUUAAGUCAUUAACUUUUGCACUUGAAAAAAGUAAUCAACAUAUAGAAUUGAAAGAUAAAGCUAAUAUUUUAAUAUCAUUAUCAUCAUUAAUCGGAUCUUAUGAUUGUUCAUUUGAUGAAAUUUUACCUUUAUAUAAUGCUUGCUCCAAGUUACUUAGAAUAUUUGCUUCAAGAGAAAUCCGUGAAACUUUGUCAACAUUGUUUGUAUCAAUUGGUCUUAAAAAUCCAGAUUUAAAGGUUGUUUCAGAAUUAAUUGCUGAUUUGAAUGCUUAUACCUCAAGAAUGAACGAAUAUGAUUUUGGAAAACGUUUAGAUGCGUUCAAACUUAUUAAUGAAGAUUUAUAUAACUCGUUUGAUAUUAUUCAAUGGACUCCAUUGGUUAAUUCUGGAUUGUUUUUCAUUAAUGAUCCUACUGAGUUAGUUAUUAGAGAAAAUGCCACAUUCAUGUUGAAAAGGUUUGUUGAUUGUUAUAAUUCAAAGUCUACACCAGAAGAAGCAGCUCCGUAUAUUCAUAUGUUGAAAGACACCGUUUUACCAAUACUUAGGGUAGGGUUAAGAAAAGAAAAUGAGGACAUCCAAUCCGAAUAUGUGUCAAUAUUAGAAUACAUUGUUCAAGAGGAUAAAUAUUUUAAGGAUUUAAACGACAUGCAAAUAUUAAUUGGAGAUGAAGAAGAUGAAGAACUGCAGUUUUUCAAAAAUAUCAAUCAUAUUCAAUUACAUUUACGUCAAAGAUCCAUCAGAAGAUUAUUAGAACAUCGUGGCAAACUUAAUGAUAAUAGUAUAUCUCAUUAUAUUUUACCUUUACUUGAAAAAUAUGCUAUUAGUAAAGAAGAAAAAUAUAGAAAUAUUGGUUUAGAAUCGCUAGAAGCUAUAAAAGUUUUAACUCAAUCUGUUAGUUGGAACCAGUAUAAAGCUAUAUUUAAACGUUAUAUUGGUGGUUUGAAAAUUGAAAAUGAUUUAUUAAGACAAAAAGUUAAUUUAAUUGUUGCUAUUUCAACAGUCUUGAAAGAUAUGAACAAUUUACCUAAUCAAGAUGAAGUUGAUAAAUUUAUUUUGUUUGAAAUUUUACCUUCGAUUACAAAAGUCUUACAAGUACGUGAUGAUAAUACAAUAGUUGCAAGAGCCCCAUUAGCUGAAGCUGCAAUUAAUUUGGCUAUUUGCAUAUCUCCAGAAAAAAUCAAUGAUGAAUUACCCAAAAUUUUAACAAGUAUGUGUCAAGUGAUGAGAUCAAGGUCUGAAGAAUUGAGAGAUGCAGUAAGGAAAAGUUUAGGUAAAAUAGUUGUAACCUUAGGCUCACAUUAUUUAGUUUUCAUGUUGAAGGAAUUACAAACUGCACUAUCAAGAGGUUCUCAAAUUCACGUUUUAAGUUUCACAAUAAAUUAUCUUUUACAAUGUUUAUCAAAAGAAAUUAAACAUGGAGAUUUAAAUGAAUCAGUACCAAUUAUUAUGAAUGUUGUAAUGGAGGAUAUUUUUGGUGCUGCAGGACAAGAAAAAGAUGCUGAUGGUUAUACAAGUAAAAUGAAAGAAGUUAAGUUCAAAAAAAGUUUCGAUACUUGUGAAAUUCUUGCAUCAAAUAUUUCAUUAGAUCAAUUUGGUGAAUUAAUAGCUCCAAUAAAACUCUUAUUAAGAGAGUCUAUCAAUCAUAAAGUUCAAGUUAAACUUGACGAAGUUUUAAGGAAAUUGUCAAUGGGUUUACAUCAUAAUAUAGAUGCUUCAAAUGUUGAAAUUUUGCAAUUAUGUUAUGAAAUUUUUAUGAUAUCAAUUGAUAAUGAAGAGGAAAAAGAGAAAUUAAUUAGUGCUUCAGAACAACAUUUCUUAACUACUUUAGACAGAAAAGUUAAAACUCAUGUUGAUAAAUCAAUUUUAAAACAAACAAUGCAAAAACUUUCAUUAGAAUUAUUUAGAACUGCUAUAUCUCGUCAUGAAAAUUUAUUAAAUACUUCAAACAUGAAAGGAUUCAUUCCAUUAUUAACUACUGCUAUAUAUUCAGAAAAUGAAAGUGUUGUUUUAGCUUCAUUAAAAGUUUUAUCAAUAGUUGUCAGAUUACCAUUUGAUGAAGAUACUCAAAACUUAUUAAAAACUUGUGUUAGAAAAGCAUUGAUGUUGAUUAAAGAUUCACCUACUACAAAUUCAGAUAUCUGUCAAACUGCAUUAAAAUUUUUAGCAACGACUAUUAAGCAUAAUCCAAAAGUUGUAUUAAAGGAGUCAGCUAUAAGUUACGUUUUGACUAGAAUUCAACCUGACUUGCAAGAACCCAAUAGACAGGGUCUUGCAUUUCAAUUUUUGAAAGCUGUGGUUUCUCAACACUUAUUAUUACCUGAAAUUUAUGAUGUUAUGGAAAGUGUUUCUAAAAUAAUGAUUGUUAAUCAUACAAAAGAAAUUAGAGAUAUGUCAAGAUCAGUUUAUUUUCAAUUUUUAAUGGAAUAUGAUCAAAGUAAAGUUAGAUUAGAAAAACAAUUUAAAUAUUUAGUUAAUAAUUUAUCAUAUCCAACUGAAGAAGGUAGACAAUCAGUUAUGGAAUUAAUACAUUUAAUCAUAAUGAAAGCUGGUCAAGAUUUAUUAGAAAAAUUAGGUUCAUCUUUUUUCAUUGCUUUAGCUAAUGUAUUAAUAUCUGAUAGUUCUUCAAGAUCAAGAGAAAUGGCUAGUUCAUUAUUGGUGAAUAUGAUGAAAAAAUUAAAAAACGUUCAAUUUAUUGAAGAAUAUUGUAUGACAUGGUUGAAACAAUCAAACAAAAUUUUAUUAAAAAGAUGUGGAUUCCAAAUUUAUAAAUUAAUAAUAUCUGUUUUUGGGUAUAAGCAUAAUGAAAAAUUGGACAGAUUAGUAUUAGAUAAUAUUUUAAAAAUUUUAAAUGAUGCUAAAGUUUCAGAUGAAGGUAAUGAUGUUGAAUGGGAAUUAAUUUAUUCUGCACUUUCUGCUUUCAGUUCAAUUGCAUCAAAUUUAAAAGAUCAAAUAUUUGAAACAAGCUUUAAACCAAUUUGGGAUUCAAUAAUUAAUUGUUUAUUAUACCCACAUUCUUGGAUACGAUUAAUUUGUUGUAAAUUAAUAUCAAUCCCACUUUCAAAUUUGGAUAAGAGUAAAAUUAAAGAUGAUAAAUUGGAAUUAAUAAUGAUUAAAUUGAUCCAUCAAUUAAGGACACCGUCUUUAUCUGAAGAAUUAGGUAAUGUUUGUAUUAAAAAUUUAGUAUUUAUUGCAAUGAAAUGGGAAUCAAAUGAUUACUAUCUUGAAAAUGAAUCAAAUGAUAAAGUAUACGCAAAUGAUUUUUUAGUAAACAAAAUUUGUGGAGUUUUAAGACAAGAAAAUUUCCAAUCAUUAGUUGCAAAAAAGAUAUCUAUAAAAUUUUUAAAUUUAUUUUUACAAAUUAUAAAUGAUAAAAGAAUAUUAUCAGUUUCAGAAAAAAUCAUAUUAUCAUUGUAUAAUUUCACAGAUUCAGAAUAUUCAAAAACUUUAGAAAAUGAUGAGUUAACUAAUUUAUCAUUAGAAACUUUAAAUUUAAUAAAAGAAAAAAUCGGUAUUACUGAAUACACUUCAAUUUUUACUAAAGUUAGACAAGAAGUUGAAUUAAGAAGAAGAUCAAGAAAAGCUAAAAAGGCACAAUUAGCAUUAAAUGAACCAAAAUUAGCUGCUAGAAGGAAAUUUAAAAAACAUGAAAGGUUUAGAGAGAAACGAAAGAAUGAAAAAGAUGAAAAUGGAUAUUAUAAAAGUAAAAAAAAGAGAGUUGUUUAG